AUGCCACACCUAUCGACGACACACCCCUCGAUGCCACCCGGUGUGAGCGCGUCAACAGACCAAUCUACUCAUAUAGUGGCCAACUCUAGGGUCCUGCUUCUCCUACGGAGGCUACAUGCACAGUCGCAAAAGGAAGAAAGGUCCUGGUCGCAGAAGUUCUUCUACCUGACUCGACUUGUUCGCUUCUUUGCGAUCGGUGAACUGUGGUCGUCGGCGGCCGACGAUCACAUGCGGGACAAGUUCGUUGCGCUAGAUAGAGACAAGUGCGAGUACAUCUACCUCCUGGCAAGGGCUGUGGGAGCGCGCAACGUGGUUGAAGCCGGGACGAGCUUUGGCGUCUCAACGAUAUACCUUGCACUAGCUGUGGGACAGAACGUGCUACUUCAGCGGCGGAGGGCCAUAGGAUCUAGUAUUGUCGCGGGAAAGGUUAUUGCAACGGAGAAGGAACCAUCAAAAGCAGAGAGAGCCAAGGCACACUGGAGGGAAGCCGGGGAGGAAGUGGAGCCAUGGAUUGAGAUGCGAGAGGGAGACUUGCUGGAGACGCUGAAGGUUGAAGAAGGCAUGCCUGAGCAGAUUGACCUCCUGCUUCUCGAUAUAUGGACUCCUCUAGCACUCCCUACACUCCGGCUCCUCCAGCCGCGGUUGAAACGUGGUGCUAUUGUGAUCACGGACAAUGUGAGAAUGGCAAAAAUGUUGUAUAAGGACUUCCUUGGGUACAUCCGGAAUCCCGAGAACGGGUUCAAGACCCUAACAGUACCGUUCAGCGGAGGAUUGGAAUUAUCAGUGUAUUUACCGGAACAGUGA